CUGUGCCUCCAUUUCUCGAUCCCUCUUAAUAUACAGAUUAAGAAUAUCCCUGGAUAUUUUGUUCGCAGAAAGAUCUAGCCUUGGAAAGAAAUUCUCCCAGUGGACUUGAUGUCUUCGUUGGAAGGAAGAGAACCAGUUUGCCAAGUCUCUGAGGAAGGAGAGAGAAUGGAAGAUGAUGGGCGGAAUAAUGGGAAUUCUAAGGAGACAUCUAUGCUAUCGUCGGAAAUUCCCACAGCUGAAGAAGGAAAAGAGAUGGUUGCAGAUGAAAGUGACCUUAAAAAGCACGGAGAAGAGGAAUCCUCACCUUCCCUGGAGGUUAAUGUCCAUGAACCCCAAAUCCUGCAGGAAGAUGGACAAGGAAACAGCCAGAAAAUAUGUCCCGUGUGUGGGAAGAUAUUCAGAUACGAAUCAAAGUUAAAUAGGCAUUGCAGAAGCCACACGGGGGAGAAGCCGUUUAAGUGCACGGAGUGUGGAAAGAGCUUGAGUUCCAGCUGCAGCCUUCUUAAACAUCUAAGAAGCCACACCGGGCUGAAACCGUUUAAAUGCAUGGAGUGUGGAAAGAGCUUCCGUGAGAGCAGUACCCUGCUUACGCACACGAGAACGCACACUGGGGAGAAGCCAUUUAAAUGCACGGAAUGUGGGAAGACCUUCAGCAGGAACACUCAACUCACUUUGCAUCAGAGAACACACACGAGGGAGAAGCCGUUUAAGUGCUUCGAGUGUGGCAGGACCUUCAACCAGCUCAUUAAUCUGACUUCACAUAGUAUUAUCCACACAGAGGAGAAGCUGUUUAAAUGCGUGGAAUGCGGGAAGUGCUUUGGCGACAGCAGCGGCCUUACUCAACAUCAGAGAACCCACACAGGGGAGAAGCCAUUUAAAUGUACAGAGUGCGGGAAGGGUUUCAAGCAGCCCAACCACCUUACUAUACACUACAGAACGCACACCGGGGAGAAGCCGUUCAAAUGCACGGAGUGUGGGAAGAACUUCAGCCAGCUCAUUAACCUUACUUCACAUCAGAGAAUACACACGGGGGAGAAACCCUUUAAAUGCAUGGAAUGCGGGAAGAGCUUCACUGAUAGUAGCGGCCUUGCUCAACAUCAGAGAACUCACACAGGGGAGAAGCCCUUCAAAUGCACGGAGUGCGGGAAGAGCUUCCAACAGCCCAGCCGCCUUACUCUACAUUAUAGAAUCCACACCGGCGAGAAGCCAUUUAAAUGCCUGGAAUGUGGGAAGAGCUUCACCCAGCUCAUUAACCUUGCUUCACAUCGGAGAACCCACACGGGGGAGAAACCCUAUCAGUGCAGGGAGUGUGGGAAGAGGUUCUGUAACAGCAGCAACCUCAUUUCCCACAGCAGAACACACACCGGGGAGAAGCCAUUUAAAUGUGCAGAAUGUGGGAAGAGCUUCGCAAAGAAGAAGAGCCUUACGUUGCAUCACAAAAAACACGCAGAAGGAACCAUUGAUUUGGGGUUCAUGGGCAUUAACCUCCAGAGAAGUCGCACCUCGGCGCUUUUUGCAGCCUCUCCUCUGCGCCGCGCGCGUUUCCCCAAGGGCGCUUCUGCAACGCCCCAGCGCUGCCGACGCCUUUACGCGGCAAUUUCCUGCUUCUCCGGGAAGCAGAGCCCGGAGGACGGUGUCAUGGACAGAGGGAGGCUGGAGCGCACAGAGGACAAAGAGGGUCUGGGUAAACGUUCAAAGAGGUGGCUGUGCAUUUCACCGAAGAGGUAUUGGGCCCUGCUGGAUCCAGACCAAAGGUCUCUAGGAAAUGACGGACUGAGCAGUGAGAAAUAUAUGGAAAAAUAUUUGGUGUCACUGGAAAAAGCCGAGCGUGAAUCAGGAAAAAAGAUGCUUGGAAGUCAACGAGGACCAAAAAGGGAUGAGGGAAACUACUCAGAGGAUGGGAGGAAGGAGGUGCCUGCUUCCCAGAGUGCUGCUGUCCAGGAACUCCUGAUCCAACAGGAAGAUCACAAAAGGAAGAGCAGGAAAACAUGCCUGGUGUGUGGGAAAACAUUUAGACAUCAAUCGAACUUAAAUACACAUUGCAGAAUCCACACAGGACAGAAACCAUAUACAUGCGCUGAGUGUGGGAAGAGCUUCAAUCUGAGAAGCAACCUUACUAGACAUCAAAACACACAUACAGGUGAGAAGCCGUAUAAAUGUAUGGAGUGCGGGAAGUGCUUCAGUGACAGCAGUAGCCUCAUUCGACAUCAAGCCACCCAUGCAGAGGAGAAACCAUACACCUGCAUGAAUUGUGGAAAGAGCUUUUGUGGGAGGAGUAGCCUCCUUUUACACCAAAGAACACACACAGAGGAGAAACCAUUUAAAUGCUCCGAGUGUGGAAAGAGCUUCAUCGAGAUCAGUAGCCUUACUAAACAUCAGAGAAUCCACAGAGGGGAAAAACCAUUUAAAUGCAAGGAGUGCGGAAAGAGCUUCAGUCAGAGCGGUAACCUUACGUUACAUCAGAGAACACACACAGGGGAGAAGCCAUGUCAGUGUACUGAGUGUGGAAAGUGCUUCUGUAGCAGCAGCAGCCUUACUUUACAUCAGAGAAUCCACACGGGGGAGAAACCAUAUACAUGCAUCAAGUGCGGGAAAAGCUUCAGCGUUCGUAGUAGCCUUACUUCACAUCAGAGAACGCACACAGGAGAGAAACCGUUUAAGUGUGUGGAGUGUGGGAAAAGCUUUAGUCAGAGCAGUAGCCUGACGACACAUCAGAGAACACACACAGGGGAGAAGCCGUACCAAUGUGUCAGCUGUGGGAAGUGCUUCAGUGACAGCAGUGGCCUUACUUUACAUCAAAGGACCCACACAGGGGAGAGACCCUUUAAAUGCACGGUGUGCGGGAAAAGCUUCAGCCUGAGUAGUAACCUCAGCAGACAUCAAAAAACACACACGGGAGAGAAGGCGUAUAAAUGUAUGGAGUGUGGAAAGUGCUUUAUUGACAGCAGUGCUCUUACUUUACAUCAGAGAACGCACACAGGGGAGAAACAAUUUAAAUGCACGGUGUGUGGAAAGAGCUUCAGUAAAAACAGUCAGCUUGCUAGACAUCAAAGAAUACAUACGAGAGAGAAAACAUGGUAUGGGAAAAGCUUCUGUGACAAAGCAAACCUUUCAGGUCAUCAAAAAACCCACACAGGCGAAAACCCAUAAAAUUGCAUGGGGUGUGGACAUUGGAAGAAGAAGA